GGGUGAUGGUUCGGUGUCAAUAUUCAAUGUUGAAUGCGGUAUCAGUCUCCUCGUGAGAAACAAACUCCUCAUCGACAUAGUCGGAGCGGCUUCAUCAUCUUCCUUGUCGCUGCCCAAUUCCUCCUCCAUAUUUGCUCUUGAUGCACUGCCUCCCAGGCCGCACUCUUAUCCAUCCUCUCCUCACGCUGUCUCACAAUUUCCAGUUGGUCGGGGAGCGAGAUGCCGCGGAUAUCUGCUUCAGUUCGAGGGAGUUUCGAUCUUUGCAGUGAUGGACCUUUACCACCGGGGCUUGAUGGCGUACCGGUAAAGUGUUAUUGGGACGGAGAGGACUCUGGGGACCAGGCAAUCCGUGGGGAUUGAAAGUUGUGCUGAGGAGGGCGAGCGUGUUCUCCGAAAAAGCAACUGCUGCAGACCUGCUGGCAACGGCGAACUCCCAAAGGGCCAAACUGCACACAUCCUCCUGUGGCAUCCGUCGCCGAACGAACAGCUGGAACCCAUGGCAGACCAACACCCACCAGCCGUACCGGCACCAACACUGACCCCCGUCACCGAGCCAAUACCAGCAGCCCCCGAAGAAGUCCCGGCAUCACUCUCCGACACGGACUUUGCGGACUAUGUCAACCAAAGCUCGUUCAUGCAAGAAGGCUCCUGGAUCGUCGUGCAGAUGCCAUCCUCCAACACCAAGAUUGUGCAGCUUAAGGGCAACACAACCAUAAAUCUGGGCAAAUUCGGCAAUUUCCGCUCCCGCGACCUUGUGGGCAUGCCAUUCGACAUGCCGUACGAGAUUCAUGGGGAUAAGGAGGUGAAGCCCGCUACGGACUUGCAUAGUUUGGACGCUUUCGAUAUCGAGACAGAGGAAGGCGCCAGCAACAAGGACCUGAUCGAUCGUCGCGAAUCGCAGCGGCUGAGCCAGUUUGAGAUUGAGGAGAUGAAGAAGCAGAGUUUGAAGGGAGGUUUGGAUACCGAGACGAUGAUCAAAGCCCUGCUGGAGAACAGCGACACGUUCGAUAACAAGACGGAGUUUGCAAAGGCGAAGUAUAUCAAGAGGAAACAGAAGAAGUACUCGAAAAUCUUCAUCCCAAGACGGCCGUCGGCGCGAACGUUGUGUAAUCACUUUUCACAGGAUAAUCCUAGGAAGAUAAACGAAAUGCGCAUCGACACUCUCUCCCAGAUGCUCACAACCGCCAACAUCCGCCCCAACGGGCGCUACAUCGUCAUCGACGAAGCCGGCGGCCUGCUCACCUGCGCCCUCGCCGAGCGUCUUCAAGGCCGGGGUACCAUCUUCGUCAUCCACGACCACGACGUCUACAACGCGGAUCUGGUUAAAUACCUCAAUUUCCCGGCGGACCUGCCGAACGUGGUUAGGACGCUGGCGUGGACGAGGUUGGAGAAGAAUGGGGAUGAGGACUUUGAGACGAUGACGUUUGAGUGCCCCGAUCCGGAUAAAAUUGAGAGGUUGAGGAAGAGGGUUAUGAGGAUUAGGAAGGAGAGGACGUAUUUGCAGGCUGGGGGUUUUGAUGGACUACUCGUGAUAUCGCAAUAUAAAAACGACGAGAUCAUUCAACGGCUUGCACCGUACCUCGCCGGCUCAAGCCCCGUCGUCGCGUACUCUGUUCACAAGGAGACCCUAACCCCAACCUUCACCCACCUCCGCACCUCCCCCUCCUUCACCAACGCCCAACUCACCGAAUCCUGGCUGCGCGAAUACCAAGUUCUCGCCGGAACACACCCCAUGAUGCGGAUGUCCGGAUCGGGGGGUUAUCUCGUCUCGGCGCUGGUGACGAGGGUGCAGGAGGGUCUUGUGACGCAUGCUGCGACGAGUAGGUAUAAAGGUGGGAAGAGGAAGGGUGGGGAGGAGGGUGGGAGGGGGAAGAAACGGAGGGGAGAGGAGGUGGGGCAGGGGCCGGAGGGGGAAGGGUAUGUGGAGGGGUAGGUGUUCCGAAAUGGUUGGCCUGAAGUGGUCGCGACAGAAUCAUAUAUUUAUGGGACACAUCCAGCAUGCUAUCCAUUCAUGUCUGCAAUAUGUCUGCGAUGUGCCUUUCUGUGUGCGUCUCAAUGCACGAUGGUCUCGAGUCCCUCACGCCUAUGGCUCUCAUGGGAUGUUGGGAAAAACACGUCCC